AUGUUGGAGAAGAAGAAGAAGAAGAAGAAGAAGAAGAAGAAGAAGAAGAAGAAGAAGAAGAAGAAGAAGAAGAAGAAGAAGAAGAAGAAGAAGAAGAAGAAGAAGAAGAAGAAGAAGAAGAAGAAGAAGAAGAAGAAGAAGAAGAAGAAGAAGAAGAAGAAGAAGAAGAAGAAGAAGAAGAAGAAGAAGAAGAAGAAGAAGAAGAAGAAGAAGAAGAAGAAGAAGAAGAAGAAGAAGAAGAACUCCAUUCCCCAUCGUGCUUUGCAGAGGACGAGCGCUUCCUUAUCCAGUUUAACGGACAUCAUCGCUGAGAGGGUGGAAGUCGUGUCUCCGCUGACCGCCUGGAAGAGAGUGAUUGAAGGUUUGGCUUUGCUGGAUCUGGGAGUCUCGCCUUACUCUGGAGAUGUUUUCCAUGAGACUCCUCUCAUCAUAUACUUGUUUCAUUUUGUGGUGGACUAUGCUGAGAUAACAUUUAUGUUAGCAGAUGUCAUCACUGCGAUGGCUCUGUAUUUGGCUGUGAAAGAAUUUAACACACAAGUGUUGAAACAGCAGCGUUUUGAGUUGGAGGCAGAUCGCUACCCCAUGGACUGUCUGGAGCUGGUCCGGAGCCCCACACAAAUGUACUAUAUUCCUCUCAAAGUUGCCAUGUUUUACAUGCUGAACCCCUUCACCAUUUUGUCUUGUGUGGCCAAAUCCACCUGCGGACUCAACAAUGCCAUACUGGCCCUGUUCUUCCUCUGCACUAUGAAAAAAAAUACUUUGUUGAGUGCCAUCUUUCUGGCAUUGGCUACGUAUCAGUCCAUCUAUCCGAUCACACUCUGCGCUCCAGCCAUGCUCCAUAUCAUGCAGCGGCUGUACAUCCCAGUAAACUACAGAUGGGCCAGUUUUUGGUGGUUCGUGGCUCAGUACGUCUUCAUUUACCUGGGAAGCCUGUCCGUCAUCAUCUGCCUCUCCUUCUUCCUGCUGGGCUCCUGGGACUUCAUCUCCUCAGUCUAUGGAUUCAUUUUGUCCGUUCCAGACCUCACUCCAAACAUCGGCCUCUUCUGGUAUUUCUUCGCAGAGAUGUUCGAGCACUUCAGGUUGUUCUUCCUUUGCGUCUUUCAGAUCAACGUCUUCUUCUACACCAUUCCUCUCUCCAUCAAACUCAAGGAGCAGCCGGUGUUCCUCAUGUUCAUGCAGUUGGCUGUGAUCUCCAUCUUUAAGUCGUACCCCACGGUGGGAGACAUGGCCCUGUACCUGGCUCUGCUACCCCUCUGGAGCCACCUGCACCGAUUCCUGCGGAACAUCUUCCUGGUGUCGUGCGUGCUGAUUGCCUGCUCUGCCCUGUUCCCCGUUCUGUGGCAUCUGUGGAUCUACGCAGGCAGCGCCAACUCAAACUUCUACUACGCCAUCACUCUGCUCUUCAACGUGGCACAGAUACUGCUGGUGUCGGACUACUUCUACGCCUUCUUGCGGAGGGAGCACCACCUCACGUAUGGACUUUACCUGAAGAAGAAGGACGGCUCAGAGGCCACGCUCGUAUUAAAAUGA